UCUAUAUCUCUAGAUAUAUUAUUACCGACACUGCUUGUUCUCUUCAAGCACAAGCUGAUAGCACGCAGCUAGCUACUAGCUACUAGCUAGUAGUGUAUAUAUAUGAGCUUGGCUCCAAUGGCGGCGAUCGUUGACUUGGCCAGCAGCGCCCAGCAGCUGCAGCAAGCCAUGGAAGUGGCAGAAGAAGAAGCCAAGGCGGCCGAGCAGCAGCAGCGGCUGAUGCCGUACAGCGGCAGUAUCCUGAUGAAAGGCGUGCGGCACCUCUCCGACAGCGGCAUUACCAGGCUGCCCGACAGGUACGUCCUGCCCGCACCCGACCGCCCCGAUGCUGGUGCUGGCCAUGAUGGCCUGGCCACCACCACCACCAGCGUCGUCAAGGUCAAGCUCCCCGUCGUCGACCUCGCCCGCCUCCGCGACCCCUCCCAGCGCGCCGCCGUGCUCCAGACGCUCGACGCCGCGUGCCGGGACUACGGAUUCUUCCAGGUGGUGAACCACGGCUUGGACGCCGGCGACGUGAUCGCCGGGAUGCUGGACGCGGCGCGGCGCUUCUUCGAGCUGCCGCUGCCGGAGCGGGCGCGCUACAUGUCGCCGGACGUGCGCGCCGCCGUGCGCUACGGCACCAGCUUCAACCAGGCCAGGGACGCCGUGCUCUGCUGGCGCGACUUCCUCAAGCUCGCGUGCCACCACCCGCUGCGGCGCGACGCCGUGGCGGCGUCGUGGCCCGCGGGCCUGAGGGACGUGGCGUCCAGGUACGCGGCGGCGACCCACGGGCUGUUCAUGGAGCUCAUGGAGGCGGCGCUGCAGGCCCUAGGUAUUGUUGGCGGCGUGCUGGGGGAGCUGGCAGCGGCGGCGUCGCACAUGAUGACGGUGAACUGCUACCCGGCGUGCCCGCAGCCGGAGCUCACGCUGGGGAUGCCGGCGCACUCGGACUACGGCCUCCUCACCUUGGUCCUGCAGGACCACGUGGAGGGCCUCCAGGUCAUGCACGACGGCCGCUGGCUCACCGUCGACCCCAUCCCGGGCGCCUUCGUCGUCAACGUCGGCGACCACCUAGAGAUCUACAGCAAUGGUGCGUACAAGAGCGUUCUUCACCGUGUGCGGGUGAACUCGACGCGGCCGCGCAUGUCGGUGGCGUCGUUCCACAGCCUGCCGGCGGAGAGGGUGGUGGGGCCGGCGCCGGAGCUGGUGGACGAGGCGGCCGGCAAGCCGCGGCGGUACAUGGACACCGACUUCGCCACCUUCCUGGCCUACCUGGCUUCCGCCGACGGCAAGGACAAGACCUUCCUCCAGUCAAGGAUGCUCAUCUCAUCAUCGUCAUAGCUCCGAUCCGACUCCGACUACCUAGCUAGCUGCUUCUUCCUCCUCGUCCUUCCUUUCCUUCUACACCGCCUAUAGAUCGAAUAUAUAUCAUGCAUGUACGAAUUGAAACGACUCAUCGAGUAUGUACGUACUCAAAUGUAUUAUUGAGAGGGAAUGAAUUAUAUUGGAUAAUAAAGUAGCUACCCACAACUUUACAACUUUA